CAGAAUCCAAUUCCUGGUCGAGAGGAGUCGGCUACCCCUGCAUACCGAGAGCAAGCCGCGGGGGGCUUAGCUGACAUCACCGAGCAGUUCGGGUUCCGGCAAUUGGCGCCUCUACCUCCUCCUCCUGCUCCAGAAGGCGCGGCGGCGACUGCGGCUUCUUCCAGCACGCGACCGGGAGUGAGCACUCCUGAAGUGGCUCCUGCAGAAGCAGGUGGGAAGAAGGAGAAGUCAAAGAAGGACAAGAAAAAGGGUAGCACAGCUAAGACCACUUCGGUGGAGGAGAGGAGGCCGGGAGUGGAGGAGACUCCUGCAGAGGCUGAGGAGGACCCAGAGGUCAUUCGAGCUGCUAAGGCAACUCCGUUGAAGGAACGAAAGACCAAGCCUGAGAACGAGAUCCAACAGGAGGUAGAUCAGUUUGUAUCAGACCACCCGGGUACUUUCGGCUUAGGCAGUAUUUCCGUUAGAGGAAGUGCAGCCCGUCAUCUCAGCCGGAACGACGAGAGGAGGCACGAAAGACCCCCGGAGCCCGUUGGGCCGCCGCCGGGGGAGACACUUCCCCGAGCAGAACGCCGAGGGACACAGGCAAGGGAGAGGUCGCGAUCCCGGAGAAAGAAGUCGAAAGGAGUUCAACACCGAGAGAGAGGUUUGAGGAGACCCGCAGCUGCGGCCGAGGAGGCCCCUCCUGGAGACGGAGCCAGCCGCCGGUGGGAAGAGGGGCAUGUUGUGCCACUGCACCAGCUGGAUCCGCGGGAGGUGAGAAAGUGCAGGACCCUAGUCAUCGACAAGGCGUUCUACUAUCACCAAGAGGUCAAGGUAGCGGGAGUUGUGACGGGAGUGUGGCUGGAGGAAGAGUCGUACUCCUUGAAAAUGCAGCUCACUGGGACCACAGGUCGUCGGGGGAAGGCAAAAGAAGAAGAGGAGGCUUGGAUUUCCAACAUGGAGACAGUGCAGAAGGAUGCAGAGGGCGUCGACGAGUUGGCCCCCCUGCGCGAGAGGGCCAGGGGGGCCGCGCCGCCCCUGGAACCGGGGGUGCAGAAGGACAGAAGCCCCGAGAGAGGCAAGAGCAGGAGCAAGAAGCGCAAGACAAAAAAGGAAAAGAAAGAGAAGAAAGACAAGAAAGGACGCCAGGAGGAAAGAGAAAAGUCAGACAAGAGAAGGAAGAAAGGGUCGAGCCGCUGUUCGUCCGAUCACUUAGAGGGAGUGCGGAUGGAUGGCACUCGGGCCAAGCUGGCCAGUCACAAGGUGGCGCGACUUGCUCGUCGCCAUCUUCGAAAGAGGGCCGAGAAGAGCUCGUCCAGCAACACUGGCACAUCGUCCUCGGGCAGCUCAGUGGAUGGCCUCGACAAGUCGGAAGAGACCAUUUUCGAGGCUGCAUCGAAAGUGAGGGUCAUCUCGGAGGCCUACCCUGGCGCUCUGGCCAAUCAGGCCAUCAAUCAAAUGAGGCUGACGCUGCUGCAGGAGGUCGGGUUCGAGGACAGGCCCAAUGUCCUUUACCCGGCCGCAGUGGCGUAUUACCGCCAACAUUUGCAGCGUCGGGCCACCGGGCCGACCCAACGGGAGCUCCUGACGCUAGCUCAUGGCAUAGACCUCUUAUUGAGAGGGAAGCCAGCGAGUGCCCUCGACGUCAUGGUGCAGAGGUACAAGUCAAUAGAACAGACGCUGACAGGAAGCCACUGGACGGUGAGCCAGCGGUUGGAGAUCUUGCCAGCCGAUUCCACUACACUCACGGCCGUGCAGGAGUCAGCCUCUGCUCAGAAAGAAGUGUACGCAGAGGCCAAAGCGAAGUACUACUCCGCCUUCCCAGAGGGCAGAGCUGGCAAAGGAGCGAAGGGGCCGUCAAAGGGAAAAGGCGAAGGAAAAGAGAAGGCCGGAGCAGGAGUGGAUCGAGACAAGAAAGGAAAAGACAGAGAGGAGGAAGUGCCUACGGGGGUACAGCCGAGAGCCUAUGCUCUUGAUCAGGCCUCUGAGAGUGGCAAGACUGAGGAAGAUAGAAGCUAUGAGGGAGGGAUGGAAUUGGCCUCCCCUUCUGAUGAGACCCUAGCCACUGGCGCGCUGCACGGUGAGAGGCCUGACCAGGUGUAUGAGCAGCCGCCCCAAUCUUUGCAUGUGACACCGUCGAAGUCUGGUGCCCAGAGAAUUCCUUUUGUGCAGAUGGAGCUGCCGGAGCCGACCGGCACUGGCGUGCGGAGCCUCGAGAUGAGUGAUGAGAUUUCGUGGAUGAUUGCGGUGUGUGUUUCAUUGAACUCACUUUGGGGAGAUGUGCUUUUUUACGAUGGUUUGCCCAACAAGGGACAAGAGUUGUGUUUAGCCGAGAUCAAGGAUCAGGUAAGGCGCUUUUGUGGUAUGAAGGCUGUUAUCGAAGAUCUGGACUGGAAUGCUUUCUUUAAGGUAAAGUCUGUGGACUACCAGGGUGAUGAAGUCAAGCUAGCACGUUGGUUUGACUGGUCGAAUAUCGCACCAGCCCUACCUCCUGAGAUUGGGAAGGUGCCACUGGAGGAUGUCUGUACAUUAGGGUGUAGACAUUAUGUCGAGUGUUUUGAUCAGUUUUUGAAGCCAUGUGAAGACUGGACUGUGGUGAGAGCACCGAGAGUCAUGGUGGAUGACUCUUCGUGGGGUGCAGUUUGCACUGGACUGAUUGAUGCGGGAGUCUGUGUGCUCCUGGAGGCCUCAGAGGUAUUCCAUGUGAAUGAUGUUCCAUUACUCAAUGGGCUGUUCGGCGUGCCAAAGGAUGAAACCACGGCCGAUGGCACGGAGGUUUUCCGUCUGAUCAUGAAUAUGACACCUCUGAAUGCCCUUUGUAUGCCCAUGUCGGGGGACAUUGAUACUUUACCUUCGUGGGGGGCUAUGAGCCCAUUCUUCCUGCAGCCCAGUGAGUGCCUGCUCAUAUCCUCUGAAGACGUUAAAUGUUUCUUUUACACCAUGAAGGUCCCGUCUUGUUGGUGGAAGUUUCUUGCAUUCAACAAACCGGUCCCUGAUACAGUGCUCCCAGAGCAUCUGCGGGGGCGCGUGGUUUACUUGGCUUCUCAAGUCCUUCCCAUGGGGUUCUUGAGCAGCGUCAGCCUGGCGCAGCACGUCCAUCGUAACCUUGUGUCAUGGAGUGCAGGUGCCAGCUGUGGACAAAAUGAGAGCCAUCUCGAACUUCGCAAGGACCGACCUUUCACCUCGGGGAACCCUAACUGGAGGGUCUACCUGGACAAUUAUGAUCUCCUGGAACGUGUCCAAUCCACCCAGAUGGUUGACAUGGAGGGAACGGUUGCACCGGGAGUCCUAGCCCUGAGGAAUGAAUAUGAGCGUUGGGACGUGCCCCGUCACCCCAAGAAGGCUGUGGCGCGUUCGCCUAAGUGUGAAGUCCAGGGGGCCACCGUGGAUGGUGUGGAUGGAGUGGCAUACCCGCGAGAGGCUAAACUAUGCCGUUAUUUCUCUCUUGCCCUGAAGUUGGUGAUGCAAACCGCAGGCACCCAGAAGCAGUGGCAGGUGGUUUGUGGCGGUCUGGUUUAUUUCAGCAUGUUCCGCAGGCCCCUGCUAAGUGGCUUGAAUGCAGUUUGGCGACACAUUGAGUCGUUUAACGCUGGCCCGGAACAUGUGAGGGUUUCUCCUCAUGACUGCAAGCUGGAAGUCCUGCGCUUUUUGGGUUUGCUGCCGUUGGCUCGGAUGGAUUUCCGGCUGGACAUGCACCCCCUGGUUACCUGCAGUGAUGCAUCUUCGGGGGGCGGGGGUCUUUGCGCCAGCGCUGUCACAACCCCUAUGGGACAUGCCAUCGCCUCUGGAGCGAUGCGGGGUGAUCACCCUGAGCCGCGAUGGACGGAGGAAUACUUGCGAGAUGGGCGACCUGUGGUUUUGACGCUGGAUGGCAAUCAACCGCUCCACGAGGUGGUGCGUUCGGGGUGGUACAAGGACAUUUUGGAUCGGCUCAGGCCGGGGCAUUGCCCGAUGGCACAGGGACGUCUGUUCCGUCUGCCGUUGAAUGGGUCGCGUGAGUCCAAGCCUGAUUGCUCCGCCAAACUGGCUUUCAAAUUAGGGAAUAUGAUAUCGAUCAAGGGUGAAGAUAUCAUGCUCACGACACCCACCAAUCAGUUGGCCAAAUUUCACCGUUUGCGCGCGACUGUUCCAGCACGUUGUUGGCGCUGGCGUGUGGUCA